AGUGGCAAGCAGUCGCUAGCUAAAGCUAAUAGUUGACAGUUAUACUUAUUAUCAAAAUUAAAUGAAUCAUCUUUUGAAACAAUUGACAAAGUGCUAUUUGAUAAGUUUCAUUUAGAUUGAUUUCUAUUUUAUGUAAAAUAAAUUAACAAGCUUGAUAACUCUCAUAAUUUCAUACACAAAUAUUUCUUAUCUGUUUUACAUUGAUGAAAUCUUCAGUAUUUAAAUUGAAAUUUCACAGGUGAAGAUGUUUUCUCUGCCUUUGCUAUACAUUGUUAUAGAGAAAUUACCCGGCUUGUUCUGAGCCUCAAAAAUUCAAAGGGAGAUUUCGACACUUUUUCUGAAUACUACUAUAUUACCUGAAGAGAAGGGAUGAGCUAGCUCCAAGAUCAAGUCUCGGUGUAUUUGAAAGAACCAGUAGUCGUACAAAAGUAUCGGACCCCAAAAGUAUCUGUUAAUACUUGAGUUUUAAAAAGUUGAAAACUGAAUCAUGACAUUAUUUAUCUCAAAGAUUUGUCUAUUUUAGUGACUAGGUGCUGGAAAGUAUAAUUACAUACUUAACAUUUAAAUUAUUUUUGUGGUGAAUUUAUUAAAAAAGCCAUUUAAUUGAAUAAUAAUUUUAAUUGAAUUUAAAAUGUUUUGUAUUAAUUUUCUAGUUGUUGUGUCUUAACUUAUAAAUCGUAGUGGAACUUGACAGAGUGAAAUAAUUAGUACUUAGUGAAAAACUAAUUUGAACAAUACUUGGAUUAUUAAAAAAAAAUAAAUACAAGUAGCAAACAUGAACUUGUGCAUAAUUGUUGGAGUAGUUUUAGUUAUAGUUUCUACUACAUAUGCUGAAAACAAUAGAAAUAAAAACCGAGGCAGAGGAUCCAUGUGGUGGGGUAUUGCUAAAGCAGGUGAACCAAAUAAUCUCUUACCAAUGUCUCCUUCUUCAUUACAUAUGGAUCCGACAGUAUAUGCCACACUUCGAAGAAAGCAAAGACGUUUAGCUCGAGAAAACCCAGGAGUUCUUAUGGCCAUAGCUCGAGGUGCAAAUCAUGCUAUAUUAGAAUGUCAACAUCAGUUUAGAAAUCGCAGGUGGAACUGUUCAACCAAGAACUUUUUAAGGGGAAAAAAUCUUUUUGGAAAAAUUGUUGAUAAAGGAUGUCGAGAAACAGCAUUUAUUUAUGCUAUUACGAGUGCUGCUGUCACCCAUAGUAUUGCCAGGGCUUGUAGUGAAGGCAGUAUACAAUCAUGUUCGUGUGAUUAUACUCAUCAAUCUAGAGCUUCCCCACAAGCUCGUGAUUGGGAAUGGGGAGGUUGCUCUGAUAAUAUUGGAUAUGGAUUUAAGUUUUCUCGAGAAUUUGUGGACACUGGUGAAAGAGGAAGGAACUUGAGAGAAAAAAUGAAUUUACACAACAAUGAAGCUGGUAGAGCUCAUGUAUCUUCAGAAAUGAGACAAGAAUGCAAAUGCCAUGGUAUGUCUGGAUCAUGUACAGUUAAAACAUGUUGGAUGCGUCUUCCAUUAUUUAAAAUAGUUGGAGACAAUUUAAAAGAUCGCUUUGAUGGUGCAUCUCGAGUCAUGAUUAGUAAUUCAGAUCGGAUUCGUGGUUCAGGAAAUGCUAUUAUCAGCAAUUCUGCCAGUAAUUUUGUCCAUGGUUCGAGGCAAGGUCUUGGACGCCGUCAACGUUAUAGUUUCCAACUAAAACCAUAUAAUCCAGAACAUAAACCACCAGGAUUAAAAGAUUUAGUUUAUUUAGAACCAUCACCACCAUUUUGUGAUAAAAAUCCGAAGCUUGGAAUAUUGGGAACUCAAGGUAGACAAUGCAAUGACACAAGUAUUGGAGUUGAUGGAUGUGAUUUGAUGUGCUGUGGACGAGGUUAUAAAACUCAAGAAGUAAUUGUUGUUGAAAGAUGUGCGUGUACAUUUCACUGGUGUUGCGAAGUCAAAUGCCAACUAUGUAGAACAAGAAAAACGAUUCAUACUUGUCUAUGAAACAUCGUUAUUAAUAACCAAUUAAAUUUUGGAAAUCAUAAUUUUUCUAAAAACUUCCAUUUAGUUUUAUAAUGUUAUAGUUCUGAAUAUGUUCAGUAUUAAUACAAGAUUUUAUUAUUUAUUACGUUCUAUUUGAACGUUUAAGCAAAGACUGAAAAUGAUGAGACAAUUCUAAAAUAUAUAAGUUUCAAAAUAUGAUAUCAUACGUUUGCGGUCCAUGUGCUAUGUAAAUAAAUAAUUACAAGACAUCGUUAUUUAUUUUCAAUAUUUAAGUAUAUAAUACAUGUAGGUGAUUAUAUAAUUAUAAAGAAAAAGUUAUUUGUAAGGUAAUGAAAGUUGAAAAAACUUUUUCUAUGCGAAACGCUUUCGAAAUAAUGCUAAAAAUAUUGAUCCGUAAAUAUUUUUAAGAAAUCUUGGAAUAUUGAACUUCUGUUACAGUAAAAAGAAAAACUUUAUGACGACUGGGAGGCUAUUUUGUUAAGUCUACAUUUUUUUAUGCUUCAUAAUUUUUUUUAAAUUUUUGUACAGAAUUUCUUCAGAAAACUGCGCUUGCAAUCCACAGAAAAAAUUAGUGCACAUGUAGUCCUUGUAUUUUUUCAAUCUAUUGAAAUCAUAAAACAAGGACUCAAAAAAUAUGCUGCUUUAUUUCGUCAAGAUGACUGACAAAAAUCACAAAGUUAUUUAAGGUUCUUCUAUAAUUGAGAGACAGUUAGUAAAUACCACUGAUACAAAACAGAUAAAAUAUCCGAGUAUUGUCAAAAUUUUUCAGUAAGACAUUUGAAAUUUUAAAACGUGGCGCUGAAAGGUCUCAAAUAAAAUUAAAUGUCCAACAUCCAGAAAAGUUUCCCUUUUAAUAUAAAUGUGCUAGAAGUUUUACUGUUGUCUCAUAGAAAAUUUAAAAACAGAUCUUAGGAACAAUUUUUUGUCAAAGAUUUUACAUAACUAUUUUUAAAUUUUAGUAAGCAUUCAAGAAAUUCAGUCUACCAUAAAGCUGUGAUGAUGCUAAUGUAUUUCUAUAAUACUUUCAUAUUUCAUGAGUGAUUUAUAAGAUUUCGCAUGAUAUCUACUUCUUUAAGUAUUCAGCGGUAAAAAAAAACAUUCUGCUUAUUGAAUCUUGGAAUAAUUUAUAAAGAACACAUUUCUCAUUUAAACAAGAGCUUCCAAUAAUAACAAUUAUUGUGUUUAAUCCAAGUAUUUUGAAAAAUUUUGCUUUUUCAUGAGAUAACUUGAUAUAUUAUAAAUGACAAUUUCCUACAGAAA